CUCCCUUCUCUCGAAACACAUCUCCAACCAUGUAACACUAUCCGCCCAUAGUCGCCGAUUAACCCCAGCAUUCUUCCACAAUGCGCGUCCCGACCCUCUUCCGCAUCUGGUACUCCACCACCUACACCGUCCUCUUCUUCAUCCUUGUCAUUCUGCUCGCCAUCACCCCCGCCGACACCAUCUACCAGUCAAUCAAGACCGCCGAAAUCCAGAAGAUCUUCGUCAUCGGCGGCGUCUACGUGCUCACUAUCCUCAUCGUCCUACUCAUAUAUUCCACGCGGCUUUACACGAAUCGCAGCGUGCUGCAAGCGAUCCCGAAACCGUAUAUACCGGUCGAGGAAGGCGAGGUGGGCAAGCUGGUUCGACGAAUGGUGGUUAAGCAGCUGAGGAGGAGCGCGAUUGUCGCGUGGGAUGGCAGGCCGAGGGACGUGAGGGGUGAGGCGCGCAACGCCGAAGACGACGGAAGCAGGCCGGGAACAGCAGAGAGGCAUCACAACCACAAGAGGAGGAGCCAUGCGCAUCCGGCGACUAUAAUCCCCAUAUCGGCAAAGUCCCCUCCUUGGGGCCACAUAUCGCAUCCCGGCUGGGCGUCCCCGGCGUCUCCAGACCUGCCGAAUCUGCAGUACUGGAACGUCAUCACCGAGCUGCCAAACCUCAUCGAAGCGAAAGCCGUUUCCCUCGCGCCGCCCGACCCGGCCGUCGAAACACACGCGCACGCCUUACAGACCACGCCUACGUUACCAGACGCGCAAAUCGUCGCAUUGCUCCAGCGCCCGCGGACAUUGGGCUUGAGAGACUACCUUGCGCGAUUGGCAUCGUUUGGCGUGCUCAACCCACCCAGUCUGGGGCCGAGAUUCCUCGCGCUAUACGAAUACGCGCGCUUCUCAACAAGCCCACUGACGGAAGACGAGUUCAGGGAGAUAAUGGCUGUGUUCGCAGAGAUACUAAACGGCAUGACAGAUCUCGAUCCCACCGUCAUCGAGGAAGCGCACGCGCGGAGCAUAGAAUCCGACACGCGAAGUCUCGCGCCCUCCGUCUCGUCGAGCAGCUCGUCGAGGUCUGGGCUCCCAUACACAACGCCAAUGCUAGACAAGCAGUCCUUCGUCUCCGCAGAGAGCCCGCAGACUCUGCGAACGGCGCCGUCGCUCCAGCGUAAUACCAGCGCGGGCGCGUAUGCACGUCCACGAACGCCAUCCACGCGAUCGCUCGGCUCGGGCUCAGUGCGCAUGAGAUCGCAGCAACGAAGCCCGUCGACUAUCCUACCGAAUUCCUCAUCCUCCUCAUCCUCCUCCUUGCGCUCCGCGCAGUCCGUUGUGCGCUUGCAUCCCAGCCCAGGAGAAGGCGACUUGCCCUACCAAUACCAUUUCGACGACGGCUAAGAAGUUUUGCACAGCAACGCAUUAUUCAUCACCAUAUACCAUUCAGUCCACGCUAUCCGCGCCCAACGCGAGAAAGCACGGGAAGAGUGCCUGCCGAGGCUGCGCCUCAUCCACGUUCCUACCUACCUACCUAAGCCGAGCCGCGAAAGAGGACAGGAAACCCGGUCCUCGCGAAAACAAGUCGAGCGAGGGGAAGCAAGCAAGUCCCGGAGUCACACGAGAGGCUCGGUGUCGCGCCAGGAGACAGACUAGCUCCUGAGAAAUGUACAAUAGAACUCCCACGGCGCCUGUGAUACCCUAUGAGUCUAUGUGGCUCGCCUACACUAUUAUAAUCAUAAUGCCUAAUGUAUACUGCGUCUAUUUCACUGCAGUUGCAUGACUCGUGAUUGUCCUACGACUCACUCUACAUGCCCCACGAUGA